ACUAUUCGUUAAAUACGGUUUUAUCUAAGAUUAUGGGAUUUUUUACGCCUCCCUCUUGUUCUCCUUUUAUUUGUUGUAAAGUCACGAUUAAACGUUUAUUAAAGUCGAGAAACGGAAGUAUCUAUUUGGGCUAGAAUGUCAAACGAGGAAAAAAAACAGUUAAACGAAGGCAGUGCGAACAAACCAAAAUAUUUGUCUUACAAGACAUUAAUUAAAAUUAAGUCUAUAGCUAGUCACGUUGGUUUAUUAGUAACUUUAAUGAUUUAUACUCUUAUUGGAGGACUGGUGUUCAGAAGUUUAGAACUGCCAGCCGAAUUCGAGAGACUGAGUGAAAUGAAAACGAUACUGCUGCUCAAAAGAGAGGAAUUAAUUACUUCCAUUAACAACACAAAUAUAAAAAAUUUAUCGGAAUGGGAGAGCGUAGCACUCCGACCGUACGAGCUCGCAGUCCAGGAGGCGACGCGGUCUGGACUUUCAAUGGAGCUCAUCCCGAGGCUCGCAGCAACCGAGGAUGAAAAAUUAAAAACGGAGCCUGUGCUAUUCGCGGACAGGUGGAGCGUACUCCAGGCCGUUUUCUUCGCCAGCACAAUCUUGACGACCAUCGGCUACGGCAACGUCUUCCCCUCGACCUUUCUCGGGAGGGUAUUCUGUAUCCUAUUCGCCCUGAUCGGCAUCCCGCUGACGCUCACGGUGAUCGCGGACUACGGCAAAUUGUUCGCCGGAGGCGUGAGUUCCGUGGCCCUGAGGAUAAGGUCGAAGCUCCCUAAGGGUUUGAUGUCGUGUAUGCCCACGAAUCAUGCCCACAAAAAAUCUCUAGGCGCCCUCGUCGCCGUCGUUUUGCUCUUCUUAUAUUUGGCUUGUGGCGCCGCAUUAUUUAUGCUCUGGGAGACUCAUUGGACCUUCUUCGAAGGAUUUUACUUUUGCUUCGUCACGAUGACUACCAUUGGAUUUGGCGAUGUUGUUCCAACCAAUCCAAAAUACAUGCUAUUCUGCACUGGUUAUAUUCUGGUUGGUCUCGCAUUAACCAGCACAAUUAUCGAGCUGGUGCGUCGACAAUAUGCUCAUUCGUGGAAAAGACUACAAGCUUUAAGUGGACCUCUUGCCGAUACCUUGCGAAAACUCGGUGAACAAGCCGGUGGAGAUAUGUCAGCAUUACAAAUAGAUCUCAAACGAGUGUUAAAAGUCAUCUCAAUGCCUCGACGAAGGAAAAGUGAUAUGGGAAAUCGUGAUUUGAAAGAUACCGAAUGGGAGGAAGCGGUCGAAGCUAUUCUUCGUGACAUCGCUGGCUCACAUAAUCAACAAGAUUCUCACCCCGAGUCCGGAUUGAAGCCAAGAAAAUCUAUCGUGCAGAUUAUUAUUUAUGAAUCGAGUGUCUAAUACAAUCACUACCUUAAUAUUAUUUUUGAAAAAUGUAAUGAUGCUGUUCUCGAAGUUUGUA